AUGGCCAGUGCUGACCUGAGAGCUGAGCUCCUCUGCUCCAUCUGCAAGGAGGUCUACAAAGAUCCCAUGACGCUGCUUUGUGGGCACAACUUCUGCGCGGACUGUAUCAGCAGAACAUGGGAUCAUCAGUACGAAGGAGAAUACUUCUGCCCGGCCUGCCAGGUGACAUUCAGGAGGAGACCAGAGUCCUCAGUUAACACCACAUUGAAGAACAUAGCAGAGUUAUUUCAGCGGUCCCAUGAACAGGAGGACACUGGCAUCUUCUGCACCUUCUGUGAUAUACCCAUCUCUGCCGUUACGUUCUGUCUUCGGUGUGAAACUUCCUUGUGUGGAAACCACCUCAGGAAACACAACAAAAUGGUGGACCAUACGUUGGUUUGUCCAGAGAUUUCCUCUAAAGUGAAGAAAUGUGUCAUCCACAAGAAGAUGUCAGAGUAUUACUGUGCGGAGGAACACUCCUUCCUCUGCUCUUCAUGUGUCUACAAGGGAGAACAUGUGGGGCACAAGGUGGAGACCAUAACUGAGGCGUCUGAGAAGAAGAAAGAGAAGCUAAGACAUCUUCUAGAAAAACUGACCUCCCAGAAAGAAGAGACUAAGCAAACCAUGGUGAGUCUACUGGAGCAGGUGAGAAGAGGACAAGAAAAGACGGCCAACCUGACAGAGAAAGCCAAAGCCAUCUUCAGAGAUGUCCGAAGACGACUGGAAGACUUGGAGAACAAGGUCAUGAGCGAAAUCUCCAAGCAAAGUGAGCAGAGGUCACCCUCAAUCUCUGAUCUGAUUCGACAUCUGGAGAUAAAGAAGGAUGACAUAUGCAGGAAGAUAACAAAGAUUGAGGAGCUGUGUGACAUGACUAACCCCAUGACUGUCUUACAAGAAGACACUGUAGACUUGAGUCUUACUGAAGAGGACACUAAGGCUGAGGACGGCUCUGGGGCACUGGUUGGUGAUCCGGAUGAGAGUCUGAUCAUAGAGACGUUACAUGGAGGCUUCAGUGAAAUUAUAAAAGAUACAAAUAUAAGGUUCUAUCUCCAGGAACCUACAGACAUCUCACUGGAUCUGGAGACCGCAGCCAAUAAUAUCGAUAUUUCAGGUGAUUUGAAAACUGUUCUCUGGUCACAUAAACGCUUGAGAUGCUUAGAAACGUCAGAAAGGUUUGAAUAUUACCAGGUUCUCAGCACCAGGAGCUUCUCUCAGGGGCAGCAUUAA